CUCGUAACCUCGCCUGUUUCCUACCCAUCACCUCGCCCAUUGCAGUUUAGGGAGCCUUGCAGACAGAUCAUGGAUGGUAUCCAUGGUUGGGGCCUUCGUAUCGCUGUUGGGAUAUAUAAAGUCCCAGGAAGAGUCCCUCAUCGAACCGCAUCACUCUCACCCCUCAGACGCGACCUGAUUCCAAAACUCGACUAUCCUUGUUUCGCCUCAGCUCAAAAGUGCAUUUCAACUGUAGCUUCAGUGAAAGAAGGGAAGAAGGAAGCGGCACAAAACAAACAGUCAGGCACAAUGGUCGACCAAUACCCUUGCAAAUGGUCGACUCAUCCGAGCGGGUGCAACCCACGAAACUGGGUAGAGGUUGCAGACGCAGCCUGUGCCGAGUGUCUUGCCAAAGGCUUCCCUAGAUGACGGAUAAUCUGGAUCGCGGAGACGGUGGCAGCCCAAUUCAAUGUCAUGGGACGG